AUGCGCGAAGCGCGGGAAGGCGAAAGUGCGAAAGGCGAAAAUGUGCAGAGAACUGGAAUGGUAGUGCAAGCAGUGCACAAGUACGACGACAGACGCAUGCAUUGCAUGGAACUAACUGCCAAGUACAUGGUGGUAGAAAGAUCUGGUAGGAAGCUAAGGUGUAAAACGAACAUGAAAGGCUCGGAGCCGAAUAGGGAGUGCUCUAAGUAUGCUAAAUAUGGUCUGAUAAUGAAAAGGGACACACCUAGGAACUGGUUGGACGAUGGAUGGAUGCUCCUGGAUGAUGCGCAAUGGAGUGCGCUUAAGCGCGAGAAAUGCACUAAGCACGCACACGGGAACGUGAAACGCGAAAGUGUACAGCUGGUGGAAAGACAGGAGGUAUUGCAACUCUACCUUGCCCAUAUUCAACAGACGUUGAUGUCAGCCGAUGAACAGCCUACUGCCUACAUGCUUCUGCCAGAGAUCUGCAGGCAUCCAGGGGGUCCAGACCCUUUGCUCGCCAAUCUCCGGGUCAUCAGGGAUGAUAUGGAAGUAUUCGGCACCAUGCUUCAGCGAUGGCUUGAGCAGAAGAUGAAAGAUGGGAGCACUGUUUUAGAUGCAAUGACCCGCCUUGAAGGUCCAGUAGAUGCCCUUCAUGAUGCCAUGGCAGCUUCACAACAGCUGUUGGAUGAGGGCAGAAAAAGGCAGAGAGAGGCCCAAGGUUGA